CUACAAUCAGGUUGUUGAGGAAAUCAGCAAAAACCUUGUUGGAAGAUGUAUAGUGUAUUGUGCAUCACCUAAAAUUUGUGAAGAGCUGAAAACUUAUAUAGCAAAUGAAAUUUCAAAUCAUGAGAUUGGUCUUUAUCAUGGAAAUUUAUCUGGAGAAGAAAAACGUAUGUCAUUAAUGAAAUGGAAAACUGGAGUAACUAAAAUAAUCAUAGCAACAAAUGCAUUUGGAAUGGGUAUAAAUACCCCAAAUGUAUACCUCAUAAUCCAUUUCAAUUUUCCUUUGAGUCUUGGUCAAUAUAUUCAAGAAAGUGGGAGAGGAGGAAGAAAUGGCCCACAAUCAAAAAGUGUUAUUUUGUAUUCAAGAAGUGAUUUCAAAUUAUUGUAUGGAAUCAUUUCUGAAUUGAGAGAAGACAUUGGGGAAAAUGCAGUUCGUCAAAUGGCAAAUUGGCAUAUUAAAUAUUAUAAAUCAGAUUAA